AUGGAUAUAUCAGCUGGUGUAUAUGACAAGAGUUGUUUAAUCGAUGUACUUGGGCAAAUUGUCGAAGUCAAACCUCUCGGAGAUAUUUCUUUCAACGGAAAGACGUUGUCUAAGCUAGACGUCGAGUUUAGAGAUGCAUUGUCUUCCAAAUUGUCCUGCACCCUAUGGGGUGAUUAUGCUAAACUAUUUUGGGAAGAAAGCAUAAAGUAUGCGGCCUCUAAAACUGUGUGUCUACUACGAUUUGUCGUAGCUAAACUAUAUAGAGGUGAAUGGACCAUUACCAACUCCUUUGAUGCGACUCAGUUUUUGUUCAAUCCUACAAUACCGGAAGUCGCUAGGUUUAACACACUGCUUCCUGCUGAUGAUCUCACACUUACAAUUGUGGAAAACAGUCAUACUAAUCUCACUCCUCGUGUUCCAUUGUACGAAGAAUUUUUCCUCCUUAAUAAGAAGAAGACCAUAUACGAUAUUGUUAACUCCGCAGAGGAAUAUCAGUGUGUGACCGUCGGAAUUAUAGAUUCUAUUGAUGAAAGCUCCUGGUAUUAUAUCAUCUGCCUUGGAUGUAAGCAAACUGUUCAACCAUAUCCAGCUAAUGGUGAUGUUCCCAUAUUUGAUUGUGUGAAAUGUGGUAGGAUAUCAGGCUUAUCAGGCGAUAGUGAUUUAGGCGAUAGAUAA